AUGGCCUCUGCAGACUCUGAGAUGGCUGCCUUUGGGGAGGCGGCUCCUUACCUCCGAAAGUCAGAAAAGGAGAGAAUCGAGGCCCAGAACAAGCCUUUUGAUGCCAAGACAUCGGUCUUUGUGGCACAUCCUAAGGAAUCCUUUGUGAAAGGGACAAUCCAGAGCAGAGAAUCAGGGAAGGUCACCGUCAAGACUGAAGGUGGAGAGACCCUGACUGUGAAGGAAGAUCAAAUCUUCUCCAUGAACCCUCCCAAGUAUGAUAAAAUCGAGGACAUGGCCAUGAUGACACAUCUCCAUGAACCCGCUGUGCUGUACAACCUCAAAGAGCGUUAUGCAGCCUGGAUGAUCUACACCUACUCGGGUCUCUUCUGCGUCACUGUCAACCCCUACAAGUGGCUGCCAGUGUACAACCCGGAGGUGGUGUUGGCCUACCGAGGCAAGAAGCGCCAGGAGGCCCCUCCACACAUCUUCUCCAUCUCUGACAAUGCCUAUCAGUUCAUGCUGACUGAUCGCGAGAACCAGUCGAUCCUGAUCACCGGAGAAUCCGGUGCCGGGAAGACUGUGAACACAAAGCGUGUCAUCCAGUACUUUGCAACAAUUGCAGCCAGUGGGGAGAAGAAGAAGGAGGAGCAGCAGUCAGGCAAAAUGCAGGGAACGCUUGAGGAUCAAAUCAUCAGCGCCAACCCACUGCUGGAGGCCUUUGGAAAUGCCAAGACCGUGAGGAACGACAACUCCUCACGCUUUGGCAAAUUCAUCAGAAUCCACUUUGGAGCCACAGGCAAACUGGCUUCUGCUGACAUUGAAACCUAUCUGCUGGAGAAGUCCAGAGUCACCUUCCAGCUUAAGGCAGAAAGAAGCUACCACAUAUUCUAUCAGAUCACCUCCAACAAGAAACCAGAGCUAAUUGACAUGCUCCUCAUUACCACCAACCCUUAUGAUUUCCACUUUGUGAGUCAAGGGGAAAUCACUGUUCCCAGCAUUGAUGACCAGGAGGAGCUCAUGGCUACAGAUAGUGCCAUUGACAUCCUGGGCUUUUCUGCUGAUGAAAAGACGGCCAUCUACAAGCUGACAGGGGCUGUCAUGCACUACGGGAACCUGAAGUUCAAGCAGAAACAACGAGAGGAGCAGGCAGAGCCAGAUGGCACAGAAGUGGCUGACAAGGCUGCCUACCUGAUGGGUCUGAAUUCAGCUGACAUGCUCAAGGCCCUCUGCUACCCCAGAGUCAAGGUGGGGAAUGAAUAUGUGACCAAGGGUCAAACUGUGCAGCAGGUGAACAAUUCAGUGGGUGCUCUGGCAAAGGCUGUCUAUGAGAAGAUGUUCCUAUGGAUGGUUGUUCGCAUCAACCAACAGCUGGAUACCAAGCAGCCCAGACAGUACUUCAUUGGUGUCCUGGACAUUGCUGGCUUUGAGAUCUUUGAUUUCAACAGCUUUGAGCAGCUGUGCAUCAACUUCACCAAUGAGAAACUGCAACAGUUCUUCAACCACCACAUGUUCGUGCUGGAGCAGGAGGAGUACAAGAAGGAAGGAAUUGAAUGGACAUUCAUUGACUUUGGGAUGGACCUGGCUGCCUGCAUUGAGCUGAUUGAGAAGCCCAUGGGCAUCUUCUCCAUCCUGGAAGAGGAGUGCAUGUUCCCCAAGGCAACUGACACCUCUUUCAAGAACAAGCUCUAUGAUCAGCAUCUGGGCAAGUCCAGCAACUUCCAGAAGCCCAAGCCUGCCAAAGGCAAGGUUGAGGCCCACUUCUCCCUGAUUCACUAUGCUGGCACGGUGGACUACAACAUCACCGGCUGGCUGGAGAAGAACAAGGACCCCCUGAAUGAAACUGUCAUUGGGUUGUACCAGAAAUCAUCGCUGAAAACACUGGCCUUACUCUUUGCCAACUAUGGUGGAGCAGAUGCAGAGGCUGCUGGUGGUGGUGGCAAGAAGGGUGGGAAGAAGAAGGGUUCUUCUUUCCAGACUGUUUCAGCUCUUUUCCGAGAGAACUUAAACAAGCUGAUGACCAAUCUGCGGAGCACUCACCCCCAUUUUGUCCGUUGCAUCAUCCCAAAUGAAACAAAAACACCCGGUGCCAUGGAGCAUGAACUGGUGCUUCACCAGCUGCGGUGUAAUGGUGUGCUGGAAGGCAUCAGAAUUUGCAGGAAAGGUUUCCCCAGCAGAGUUCUCUACGCUGACUUCAAACAGAGAUACAAGGUGCUUAAUGCCAGUGCCAUCCCAGAGGGACAGUUCAUUGAUAGCAAGAAGGCUUCUGAGAAGCUUCUUGCUUCAAUUGAUGUGGACCACACACAGUACAAAUUUGGUCAUACCAAGGUGUUCUUCAAAGCUGGGCUGCUGGGACUCCUGGAGGAGAUGAGAGAUGAGAAGCUGGCACAGAUUAUCACCCGCACCCAGGCCAGGUGCAGGGGCUUCCUGAUGAGAGUGGAGUACCAGAGAAUGGUGGAGAGGAGGGAGUCCAUCUUCUGCAUCCAGUACAAUGUUCGUGCAUUCAUGAAUGUCAAGCACUGGCCCUGGAUGAAGCUGUUCUUCAAGAUCAAGCCCUUGCUGAAGAGCGCCGAAUCUGAGAAGGAGAUGGCCAACAUGAAACAAGAGUUUGAGAAAACCAAGGAAGAGCUUGCAAAGUCUGAGGCAAAGAGGAAGGAGCUGGAGGAGAAAAUGGUGGCCCUGCUGCAGGAGAAAAAUGACCUGCAGCUCCAAGUGCAGGCGGAAGCAGACAGCUUGGCAGAUGCUGAGGAGAGGUGCGACCAGCUCAUUAAAACCAAAAUCCAGCUGGAAGCCAAAGUUAAAGAAGUGACUGAAAGGGCAGAGGAUGAGGAAGAAAUUAACGCUGAGCUGACAGCCAAGAAGAGGAAACUGGAGGAUGAAUGUUCAGAGCUGAAGAAAGACAUUGACGAUCUUGAGCUAACACUGGCCAAGGUUGAGAAGGAAAAGCAUGCCACAGAAAACAAGGUGAAAAACCUCACAGAGGAGAUGGCAGCCCUGGAUGAGACCAUUGUGAAGCUGACAAAAGAGAAGAAAGCCCUCCAAGAGGCCCAUCAGCAGACACUGGAUGACCUGCAGGCAGAAGAGGACAAAGUCAAUACGCUGACCAAAGCUAAGACCAAGCUGGAGCAGCAAGUGGACGAUCUGGAAGGGUCCCUGGAGCAGGAGAAGAAGCUGCGCAUGGACCUUGAGAGAGCUAAGAGGAAACUCGAAGGAGACCUGAAGCUGGCCCAUGACAGCAUAAUGGAUUUGGAAAAUGAUAAGCAGCAGCUGGAUGAGAAACUGAAGAAGAAAGACUUUGAAAUCAGCCAGAUCCAGAGCAAGAUCGAGGAUGAGCAAGCCCUGGGCAUGCAGCUACAGAAGAAGAUCAAGGAGCUGCAGGCGCGUAUUGAGGAACUGGAGGAGGAAAUUGAGGCAGAGCGAACCUCUCGGGCAAAAGCAGAGAAGCAUCGUGCCGACCUCUCGAGGGAGCUGGAGGAGAUCAGCGAGCGCCUGGAAGAAGCAGGAGGGGCCACUGCAGCUCAGAUGGAGAUGAACAAGAAGCGUGAGGCAGAAUUUCAGAAGAUGCGUCGCGACCUCGAAGAGGCCACGCUGCAGCACGAAGCCACGGCUGCCGCCCUGCGGAAGAAGCACGCGGACAGCACGGCCGAGCUCGGGGAGCAGAUCGACAACCUGCAGCGAGUGAAGCAGAAGCUGGAGAAGGAGAAGAGUGAGCUGAAGAUGGAGAUCGAUGACUUGGCCAGUAACAUGGAGUCUGUCUCCAAAGCCAAGAGUUUGCCCAUCAUCUCUACUGUGGUAACAUUCUAG